UUCGAUUCAGAGGAACCUUAUUUAAACUUUAUUCUCUCUUUCCAAUACUUUUGUUAGCCUGAAUUGAAGUAAUUUCGUUAUUUACGUUUAUUUUAUCCGUGCUAUAGAUAUAAUCAAAUCAUACGAAAUAAUAUAUACGAAAAUAUCGAGACAUCUUUAUCUUGAAUUUUAUUGUAGCUAAAAACGUAAUAAUUUAUCAUUAUUUGAUUCUAACAUGUUUCCCUAUUUAAAACCGCAUUUUAAGAAAAUUUAAUUAUAUGUAUGAUAACUCAAUAAUGCAUUGCGUGUUUUAUAUAUAUAUAUAUAGAUAUAUAUACUGGCAAAUGCCGCAGGUGACAUUAUAAAUUAUGUCAGGAAACUUCGGCAGAAAGAAUAUCGGUGCACGCAAAACUAAACAAACCUUUCAACGAGGAUCCUAAUGACACGUAACGAACGCGACUAACACCAACUAUGCUCGAACUUCAAAACGCUAGGAGUAGCGCUCACGUAAAUAGAUGGGGAGAAAUGCAAGAAAGUGGAGGAAUAUUACCUAGAGGUGAAUGAAAAUUAAUCAUACUGAGGUGCGUCAACGUGUUAAUCGAUGCUCGAUACAUUCCGAAUGACUUACAAAAUAUAUAGAAAGUCGAAAAUUUUUUACUUAUAUUUUCUAUAAUUCUUUAAUUUUUUUAGAAAGAAAUAUUGUCAUUUAGUUUUAAUUUAUUAAACAAAGCUUUAAUUUCUUAUUUAAAAAAAAUAUUGUUUGUUGCUCAGCGUUGUAUUAAAGAAACUCAAUUCAGUUCACGUAUUUAAUAUUUUAAUUUAUACACAUUUAAAAUUAAUUUUGAAUUUCUUAAAUUGUCAUUCGUCUGUGGCUAUUGAUCGAUAAUGGCAUCCGGAGGUGAUUAUUGGUAAAGAUAACGUCAGUUAUCCUUACGAAAGAAUAUGAACGAUUGUUUGACCAACGUCACAGCAAUUCAUUUAUUUACUAUCAUUUGUUUGUCAAUCGAUCACGAUGUGUGUUCCGUCGUCUCCUGUCAAACAUUCGUUCGAACAGCAGAUUCGCCGUUCCCCCGUUCUUCUCUUCCACCCUCUCGAGCAUCGACGCGGUAUCGUGUGAUCCAGUCAAAUUAUUCAGUAGUUAUCACUCUUCCCAUCAUGAACGACAUUAGACUGUACAAGUACUAUCGAACGUCCGGAUACGGUUUGAAUUCGCUGAUAUACCAGUUUCUCAUCGCCGAUUAUAAUCUCAGACGGUUCUUCAACUUAGGCGCUUACUGCGGAGCGGUGACUUUUGUCACCUUCAUCUUCGUAGUGAUUAUGGCCGUCUGUUCGAUAGCGAGUCUAAAUACGGUGACGUUGAAUGAUACACUUUUUCGUGAAUUGUUCGAGAAAGCGGAAAAGAAGUUGCCGCGAAUGGAGAGCAUUGUUAGCAUUAUACCACCGUACAAAUGUAUUCACAAGCACCUACAGCGGAUGAACGUGUUCCAAGAGAAAACGAAGAAAAUGUUAUGCAAAGAGCAACUGGAGCUGGAAAUAAUGAACAGCAAAAUGUCGUGCAUCGAGAAACUAUUGAAGCCCGAGGAACAAUCUGAGUGGCGUCGUAGUAGAUCACCAAAAGUAUAUCAUCGCCCCAUCAACGUGGAAAUAUCUAAAUAGCAAGUAAUAAUGUAUGGGGAAAAAAGAGACAACGUAUACAACAUAAAAUCUAACAAAAUUGUAUUUGAUCAGUGAUAUAAUUGAUGUUUUCAUUAGCGAUACAAUUGAUAUAAACGUAAUGAUUGUCGUCUGGUGUCACAUUUUAUAUAAAUAAAAUAAUAUAUAUAAAAAUAAAAUAAAUCUUGUGGCAUACAGCCAAUCAAUAAUAUAGAUUUGUCUUCGUUAAUCACAAGUAUUUAAUUUUAACCAUUUAUGUGAUUCUCUGUGAUUUGAUAAAACAUCUUAGAAUUAGAAUUUUCAGGUACGCUCACUAUAUUUACGGAUGUAGAGUACAAGUUAUAAUUACAACGGUUUGCAUAUUAAUGAAUUAAUGUAAAACUUAGUGAAUUAUAACCGCGCACGACAAAGCGCUUCGAAAACAUUUUCCCACGUAACGAAAAAACAGUUGCAAACAAUGGUGCUACCAUCGAAGUAUCGUUUCCGCAUCCUUGUACAAACACAAGUAAUUUUCGUACGAUCAAAAAAAUGCUAAAGCAGUAUAAAUCAUGACCUAUUAAAUGGACUGUGUAUCACGUAUAAAUGCACAGGUUUUCUGACAAAAUUUUUACGCUGGAAUAGGCGGCGACGCGAGAUGCCGAAACUCUAGUACGUGCUGAAAACUCACCGAAAAAAAAAAUGUGGCGAUCCUUUUUGCGGUCGACCACAUGUGAGCGACGAGUGCUGUUGCGUUUUGUAAAAAGUAAACGCCAUAACGUCGCUUACGUUACCUUCACAUGCUUCUAUAUUUAACCAAAAAAAAUUCUAGUAUGUUAUUUCAGAGCGUACUCACAAAGAUUAUUGACAUCGAAUUUAGAAAGUACCGCUUUUUUUUUUUAGUAUGCUUUGUUACACGUUUAACUAUACAUAUAAAUUUAUUUGAUUAUUUUAGGCACACAAACGGUAAAGUCAAAUUGACAAUACGUUACAAUCUGUGUCAGUAUAUUGAGAAGUUGUUAAUCAGAUGUUGAUUAAUUUAAACCACUUUAUGUCGAGAAAUAUUAUAUUUUUAGAACUGCUGAAAAUUAUAUCAAUCGAACGAAUUUUUCCGAUGGAAUUUUACAGUUAAUAAUAGAGAAAUCAGAUUUUAUUUUCUCAUAAAAUGAGAAAUGUCUAUUAUAAUUAAAUAUUAUUUUUAAAAUGACUCACCUGCCGUAAAAUUAAUCAAAUAAUCAUUAAGAUUGAGAAGUCACUUGAAUAUAUAGGCAAUAUACGCUAUGUAACAAUACGAGCUAUUGUGAACGCAACACCAUUGUCUCGAGACAAUAACAGUUGAAGUUUAACACUAUUAUCCAACUCGGAAAUAAGAAAAGACAAUUUAGCAUGAUUGUAAUCUACCGAACUUUAACGUCUAUUAUCUUAAGACGAUCACGUGUGUUUGCGUUACACGUGUUCGUUGCAUAACACUGUGCCUGUGCAAAAUGAAUCAUUAAUGUAAUUACUAAUAACUUUAGCCACAAUAAACUUACGUUGCGGAAAAA